AUGGAGUCGAGUUUCAUGAGGAACAGCAAGUCCAAGGAGGAGCGGAGGGCCAUUGAACGCCACAACAUGCGGUACCUCAUGCGUGUCUACCCCGACCGCACCCGGAUCACCUCGAACAACUUCAACCCCGUCACGUACUGGCGCAAGGGUGUGCAGAUGGCUGCGCUCAACUGGCAGACAUUCGAUCUCGGCAUGCAACUCAACCAGGCCAUGUACGAGAGCGGCACCGACCGGUCCGGAUACGUUCUCAAGCCCAGCGAGCUCCGCGAGAUCAAGGUGAUGCCCCAGGAAUGGUCCGGUUUGAGGGAACGCCAGGAGGUUACCUUCAGCAUCGACGUCAUCUCGGCCCAGCAACUCAUGCGACCCAACGGCAUGCCCAACAACAAGACGGUUGACCCCUACGUCGAGGUCGAGGUGUUCCACUCCAGUGAUAAGAGAGAGAAGCGGGACGCGGACCACACUGAAGCACCCUCCACGGACUCGCCUCUCAAGUUCCGGACCCGCGUCAUCCCGGAGAACGGCUUCAACCCGAUCUUCGAUGGCAAGUUCACCUUCAAGGUGACCACCAAGUUCCCCGAGCUCAUCUUUGUUCGCUGGUCGGUCAAGCUAUCCCACAACGGCGAGAGCUACAACGACCGCCCGCCCGUGGCCACGCACACCGCCAAGCUCAACGGUCUCAAGCGCGGCUACCGCACCCUCCCCCUCUUUGAUCACAACGGCGAGCAGUACCUGUUUUCGACUCUCUUUUGCCGCGUCAACAUCGACUCCGUCCAGACCGUCUUCUUGAAGCACAACGAAGAGUCGGAGACGGCCAGCACCACCAAGCCCCGCGGAGUCGGGCGCGUUUUCAACACGUUCGGCACGCGCUCCAACAACAUUAGCCCCAAGUCCAGCAUGGACAAAUCGAGCUACGAAGGCUAG